AUGCCACCAACGGGAAAGCGUUCCAGAGAAAGCGACGCGCAUGACGAUGCAGCGCGCAACAAGCGUUUCGCGUACCUGAAGCCCCAAGUCCGGCAGGUUUCCGAGCGGACUAUCAAGUCGAAAUGGACAACGCUCCCUGAGCCCGUUCAAGACAAGAUUCGUGAUAUGUUUCGAGCGGUUGAACGACCGGUUAUCAUGCGGCAGCAGAAUGAGCGAAAACGCAUCGAAGCGCAGGCGGCUGUGCAGGCAGUUGUUAGGAAUCUCGGAAAGCGACUUCCGCGAAUGCCGUUUCCUCCUGUCACCAAGGAAUCGGUGUUUGACUAUGAAGCGGCGUUGGAUGAGCAUGUAUCUCUUGAAUCUAGCUUAGCAACUAUGACCGAUAGUAUUGAUCUCUUGAAGGCAGAAAUUGAAAGGGAAGAGGCUUUAUUGACCAAAGAAACAAAACAACUGCAAGAGAUGGAGAAAAACGCGAAUCGAGCCGAAGCAGAAAGGAAACGGCAGAUGAAGAAUGAGCAUCCGGCACUACGGCAGCUCGAUGAUAUCCCCAAGACUCAGGGCCAAGCGGCUCAUUUUACAAUUCUGGAAGCAAAAGACUCACAAUCACGUUUUGACGAGCUGGACAACGAUCCGGAAAUCUCAGGCUUGUUGAAUCAAUUGAACGGGCAUCUGAAAUCGAUGCAGAACAACGUCGCCCCUCUCACUGGCCUGAAGGACGCGCUCACCCGGUCGGAAGCAGCCCUCAGUCUGUUCUCAGCACCUGGUGCACCCUGA